CCCAGCCCCUCCUUGGGGAUCCCCGCCUGGGAGGCCUCACUUUUCCUGCCCCGGGGAAGGGGCAGCCCUCAUCCCGAAUUAGCCGAGAACUUGGGGGGCUGUAGUUGUUUUGAGGUCACCUCUUACAUAACCUGCAGCGCUCCCCUAUCCCUGGGCGUUCUCCUCAUCUAGUCCAGGACUGUCUUAAUGUCCACGUUAGUGACAAAUAGCUGGCCUCCGGGAAAGACUGAGCAUAUGCAGCAAUCCGUGCCUGGGACAAACUCUGCCUUUGCCUUGGAUGCCUUCUCUGGUGGACCCUAAUCAAUUCCAUUUCUCCCCUGGGGUGGCAGGAUUUCUAGAUGAAUUUGGAUUAUAGUUAAUUAUCACUGGAAAAAUCCAGAUAUUCAAACAGCAAAACUGCAGCAUUCUCCAAAUAUCACCCCCCCCCAUCGGAUUGUGGGUUCAUGGUCUUUAUUUACAGAAUUAAAAUGUUCAAAGACAGAUUUACUGAGUCUUCAUUCCAGGCUAAAUUCUGACCCGGAGGGCUGACCAGCAACCUUUCAUAACUUCUGAUUCGGAUUUCUCCUGAUAGCCCCAAAGAAUUAGAAUCGUGCAUUUGCCUGUGUCAUGACUUGGAAACAAAGUAUUUUUUAAAAUGCAGUUGUGGGUCUGAUGUUUCACGUCCUUUCACUGCUGCGUGCAAAAGAACAGUUUAUUUCAUGCUUAGCUUUUCAGGGUAGACCUUUGCUUUCAGAAAGCUGGCCUCAGCCGGCUUCUAGGGCUCACUUCUGAAACCAUUCAAUACCCUGGGAUUUAAAAGAGUCAGAGGCUAUCUAAUAAGGAACUAAGAGAAGAAUCGACAGGGGAGACAUAGAAAACCCAUCUGUUCCCUCUGCCUGGGGAAGGAAGGAGGGAGGGAGGGCAGAGCAGGAAUUUCUAGGUAAUUCUGAAACUGACUAUUUUGUAAUACAAGCAAGAGGAACAGAGGCAUGCUGAUGUCAGCAGUUUUUCUCUGCCAGCAGCAGCAGCAGCGAUGCAGCAGGUAUUGGACAACCUCACCGAGCUGCCCUCGCCUGCAGGGGCAGGAGAGAUAGACCUCAUCUUCCUCAAGGGAAUCAUGGAGAACCCGAUCGUGAAAUCCCUCGCUAAGGCUCAUGAGAGACUAGAAGAUUCCAAACUUGAAGCUGUCAGUGAUAAUAACUUGGAAUUAGUGAAUGAAAUCCUGGAAGACAUCAGUCCUUUAAUAAAUGUAGAUGAAAAUGUUGCAGAGCUGGUCAGUAUUCUCAAGGAGCCUCACUUUCAGUCACUUUUGGAGGCCCAUGAUAUCGUGGCAUCCAAGUGUUAUGACUCGCCUUCGUCAAGCCCGGAAAUCAACCAUUCUGCUGUGAACAACCAGCCGCUGCCCGUCGAUGCCAUUCGUAUCCUGGGCAUCCACAAGAAAGCCGGAGAGCCCUUGGGUGUGACCUUUAGGGUCGAAAACAACGACCUGGUUAUCGCCCGGAUCCUUCAUGGAGGGAUGAUCGAUCGGCAGGGUCUGCUGCACGUGGGCGACGUCAUUAAGGAGGUCAACGGUCACGAGGUCGGGAACAACCCCAAGGAGCUACAGGAGCUUCUGAGAAGCAUCAGCGGCAGCGUCACGCUAAAGAUCCUGCCCAGCUACAGGGACACCGUCACCCCUCAGCAGACAGAUAUCGGUAUGGACAGACUUUCACCACAAGCACGUCAGGUGUUUGUCAAGUGUCACUUUGAUUACGACCCCUACAAUGACAACCUGAUUCCCUGCAAAGAGGCAGGACUGAAGUUUUCCAAAGGAGAAAUUCUUCAGAUUGUCAACCGUGAAGACCCCAACUGGUGGCAGGCUAAUCACGUAAAGGAGGGAGGGAGUGCCGGCCUCAUCCCCAGCCAGUUCCUGGAAGAGAAGAGGAAGGCGUUUGUGAGAAGAGACUGGGACAACCCAGGGCCUUUCUGUGGAACUAUAAGCAGCAAAAAAAAGAAAAAGAUGAUGUAUCUCACUACCCGAAAUGCAGAAUUUGACCGACAUGAGAUCCAGAUAUAUGAGGAAGUGGCAAAAAUGCCUCCCUUUCAGAGAAAGACAUUGGUGUUGAUCGGGGCCCAAGGGGUUGGCCGGAGAAGCUUGAAGAACAGAUUCAUCGUGCUGAAUCCCACAAGGUUUGGGACCACGGUGCCCUUUACCUCACGGAAACCGAGGGAAGAUGAAAAAGAUGGCCAGGCCUAUAAGUUUGUGUCGCGAGCUGAGAUGGAGGCCGACAUUAAAGCUGGGAAGUACUUGGAGCAUGGGGAAUAUGAAGGGAACCUUUACGGGACCAGGAUCGACUCCAUCUUGGAGGUGGCACAGACCGGGAGGACAUGCAUCCUGGACGUGAACCCACAGGCUCUGAAAGUAUUAAGGACGUCUGAGUUUAUGCCCUACGUCGUGUUUAUUGCUGCUCCUGAAUUAGAGACACUGCGUGCUAUGCACAAGGCCGUGGUGGAUGCUGGGAUCACCACCAAGCUCCUGACGGACACGAACCUAAAAAAAACAGUGGAUGAAAGCGCCCGAAUCCAGAGAGCCUACAACCACUACUUCGAUCUGGUCAUCGUAAAUGAUAACCUGGACAAGGCCUUCGAGAAACUGCAGGCCGCCAUUGAGAGACUGCGGGCGGAGCCACAGUGGGUCCCCAUCAGCUGGGUGUACUGACAGCCCCUCGGGAGGAAGAGACAGAAGGCUAACCGAACUUUCCUAAGUAAACAUUGGCCUAAGAAAAGUGUGUGACCCUGGAUGGUACCUGCCAAGUCACAGCCUUUUUACUCGGGAGACUGAAAUACUAGUAGACAUCUGAAUUUUUAUAGAAAAUGUGGAAGGGGGGAAUGGACUUAAAUAUGUAAUUUAUCUUAAUUUUUCUAACUUUUUACAGAUAACCUUUCUAUUCAUAUCACAGAGAGAAAUGCGUUGAAGCAUUUUGUAUAUGUUUUGAUUUAGCAUUUAUGCCUUUUUCAUCCAAGUUUUCCAGUCAUUCACUUUAACAGUGCAUUUUGGUCUCAUAUUUUCACUGUGAUAAUGGAUACUUGAAGCAGUUUUUGUAAAACCCUCAUUAUAGUUCUGUUGUCAGUUAUUCUUAUUAUGGGAAAACACUAAUGAUGAGCUGUCAUCCUGAUUUAAUUUCUUAUAAGAGCAGACUGUCUAUUAUCAGUGCCAUAACCAGCAUACCAUCACGUGCUCCGUGUUGGAGACAGGUCUGCUUGCCCAUUGUACUUUACACUAGAGGUAGGUCUCCUUCACAUGGCUUGUUUAGGGGGAAAUGUGAUGCAAGAAGUGGCGCUCUGCUUCAAGGCCUUUCUUGCAAGCCAGCCUUUUCCCAGCAUUCAUUGCAGUGAGAGGGAGGCACUGCUGCCCACCUGUAACUGGUCUAGUGGGGCUGAGAGAGAAGAGGAGCAACCAGAGAGAGCAUGAGUGUGGGGGGAGGGGAGGGAGGGAGAGCCUUAGGAUUGGGGAAACAGAAACUUAGGGCAAAGUAUUUAUUUUCACUAGUGAAAAUUUCCCUGAUAUUGAAAAAAAAAACCUAAUUUAUAAAAACUUUUUAUUAUGAUAUGGUCAACAGUUAUAUUUUGCAUCUGUAAAUUCCUAUGCUAUUUAAAGAUUCUCUUGAUUUUCCAUUUUGAGGUAUUUGUGAAUGAACCUUGUGUUUGAUGAGAUGUGAGAUGAUAGGAUAUUUGUGCUGUGUUGUGUUGAGACCCAUAUCCAUUGAAUAGCUUGUGAAAGGUGAAAGUUAUCGCUAGAUGCUCUAAAUAGAUGUUAUUUCUACAA